CAUUCUCGCCAACAUGCCUCAAGCAUGACAAUAAACUGGUUUAUCUGGGUGUCGGGGGAAAAAGCAAUGUAACAAAAAAACUUUCGACAAGUCCCACCUGGACGAGAAGCACGGAGCAGCAGUGAAGGAAAACAUGGUGAAGAAAGCAACAUGACGGGCUGAAAGUUUAACCGAGUUUGACACAACAGCGAGACUUCACUAUGGCGCGUCGCUCUCAGUGCUCCAAUCCUGGGGACAACCCCCUGGACCCCAACUACCUCCCCCCUCACUACCGGGAGGAGUACCGCCUGGCUAUCGACGCGCUGAUCGAGGAGGACUUGGAGGGAUACUACCAGUUCCUUCAGAAAGCAGACGUGGUGGACUUCCUGUCCUUGCCUGAGAUUGAGUACAUUCAGAGCUCCAUUCAGGUCCCUAAACAACAAAGCAACUUUCCUGAACAAAAUUUUCGUGAGACUUGGGGAGAUGGCUCCUCAGACACCUACUGGCCGAUCCACUCGGACCUGGACGCCCCCGGCUUGGACCUGGGCUGGCCUCAGGUGCACCACUUCGUCGGGCCCACGGAGGUCACCACCCUGGUGAACCCCCCUGAGCCCGACAUGCCGAGUAUCAAGGAGCAGGCCCGGCGGCUCAUCAAGAACGCUCACCAGGUGAUUGGUAUAGUGAUGGAUAUGUUCACUGAUGUUGACAUACUGGCGGAUAUUCUCGAUGCUGCCAUGAGGAACGUUGCAGUCUACAUCCUUCUAGACAAGCAGAAUGUGCAUCACUUCGUCAACAUGGUGUCUAACUGCAGAGUCAAUCUACAGAACAUUCAAAGUUUACGCGUGAGAACAGUGGCUGGCAUCACGUAUCACUGCCGCACAGGGAAAACCUUCAGCGGGCAGAUGUUGGAUCGCUUCUUGUUGACAGACUGCAGGGCUGUGCUGAGUGGAAACUACAGCUUCAUGUGGUCCUUUGAGAAGCUCCAUCGCUGUAUGGCACACCUUUUCCUUGGACAACUUGUAAAGACCUUUGAUGAAGAGUUUCGGAUUCUGUUCGCUCAGUCUGAACCGCUGAUGAUGGAGAAUUUCACUCCAAUGGAAGAGUUUAGCCUUAAACACAAGAGGCCAUAUCCACCUGAAAGAACUCUGUUUAAAGAUCCAAAGAAAUUUCAGUCAAUGGACACCGCUCAUCCAGACGAAUGGGCGAGACAUUCCUAUGACGACCGCAUGGAUAAGGAUUGGAGAAUGAUGCCCCUUAAAAAGCAGGAAUCCCUGCACGGCCCUGCAGAUAUAUACGGUAGAUAUACGCAAUCUCGCAUGGACCCCUCUUUGGAUCAGGGCCCCCCCAGGAACCCCAUUAUGGAAAAUCUCGCCUUGAAACGCCACAGUUACGCCGAGGGGGCUCAUGGUAGAUUCUCUUACCCAUUCCUGCAGCCACAGCAGGGUCCAGAGCCUGAGAACCAGGGACGGCCAUACCACAGGGGGCAACAGCCUGGACCGGGACCAGGACCAGGACCAGGACCAGGACCAGGAAAAGAAGCAGACUACAGUGGCUAUGAAAAGUUCUGGAACCAAGGCUUUUAUUCAACAGAUCAGUACUCUGAAUCUGGAUUACCACAAGAGAUGGAACCACCUGACUUUGACCCUGUGCUUAACUAUUUAUCAUCUACCAGGAAUCCAGACUUUGACCAAGGCUCAGAGAAAUUACUAGGAGCAGAUUUAGCAUUUGGUUCAUCUCACCCUAGACGAUUGAGUUCAGGCCAGCCCUAUCCCUGCCGGGAUACGUCUCCCACCCCCUCAAAUCCAACAGAUCAGAAGCAGUUUUUCCAGGAGCCUGAUCGGCAGAACGCUGACCGCAAGGAUCCGAUGGUGAAACGGGGGCUAAGAAACUGGAGGAUCAGCUCAUACCUCAGUGCAUAUGAUAAUCCAGAAGAUGAAGGCCUGCCAUCAGCACCACUUAAUGCACCAGAUGCCUUUGAAGAGCCCUCUAACCCCAUGCAGCCAACUCCAGGCAUUGAUUUAUCAGUCCCUAAAAUCCCUAAUGUCAGAGAGUUUAGGGUUCCUGCAAUACCCAGGGCAAGCCAGAUGCCAAGUUACGCCAUAACCGGUGCACGAGAACAGCCAAAGAAAUUGCCUGACGAACCUCCUGCAGCAGCAGCAGCAGCAGAAACUAGAACAACACCGUCACCUUCAGAGUCAUCAUCCACAAAUGAAGAAAAGAUAGAGGAGGCAGAGCCAAAGGAACCAAAAACUGCUGUCCUUCAGAGGGGGGAGUCUUUUCGUAGGAAAUACAAUGCAGCAGUACCGAGGAGCUCUCGGUUAAGAUCCUCUAUGAUAUUCAGCUCUCUGGAGCAGCAGCAUGCUUCUCAAGAUGCCAAAACUGCCACCGGUCAACAGGAUGAGGAAGGUGACAAAAAUGAGGCGGAACAGACAAAACUACCCUUUGCUUUGGGACAAAGGAGAUCUGCAAGAGAACCUUUUGAAUGGAGCCGUUACAUAAAGUCAGCCACCGUUGAUAACUCUGCCACGGACCAAUCCAAACCUGAUGAUAAAGAUUCACCACCAGACAAUUCAAAGGGUCUAUCAGAGGUACAAGAAUCAUUAAAACCCCCAGAUGAAGAGCAAGAAAAUUCUUCGCCCUCAAUGCCACGAUCCAAGGCUCCUGAAGCUGAGCUGCCCAUAUCUGAUAAACCAGUACAACCACCCAAGUCUCAAGUACGCGACACCCCAUUGUUUAUAGAUAUGAAUGAUCCUGAUAACAGGCUCAUGUUUUUCAAAGAGUUGGCAGCAAAACGCAAAGCUGCCAAGGCUGCAGAGGCCGAAAAGAGCAAAGAGACCGCUCCAGUGAAACCACCAACUGAACCGAAAAUCAAUACUAAUGUUAAAAAGGAGGAACCUGUAACAAAAGAAACUUCGACAAAGAUGGCUGAUGCUUCAACAUCAGAUGAUUUAUUAGAAAAAAAUGCUACUGCAGAGGAUACAGGGAAAGCAGUUUCCACAGAAGCGUCCAAGUCAGUCAUCUCUCAAGAUGCCAGUGAUAAGACUAAACAACAGGACAGUCAUGUCAAGACGGAUCCCAGUACCUCCAGUAGCUGUAAACAAGAACAAACACGAGUUUCCGCUGAUUCUGAGGAAACAGAGCUAAAGAAUAGUCAAUCAGCAGCAACCCUGCCCGUUUCUGUGGAAUCAGAAGCACCUCAAAGUGGACCAGAAGAGCCAAAGCUGUCGAGUCCUGCUGUAAAAACAAGUAGCAUGAGUCAUCCAACGACGCCAACAAAUGCUGCUCCUGCUAGUGUUCCUUCUCUUGCACAAGGUACUGAUGGAAGUGAAAACCUUGAUUCUACCUCAAAGGAGUCUAGUUCACUCACUCAAACUUCAGUGGAGGUGGCAGCAUCUUCUGCAUUGGAUCCUAGCACCCAAAAUCCUGAAUCAGUUCAGCAGGAAACCAGCAUCUCGUCUCCUCCUCUGCUGCCUGAACAAAACACUGGAUCAGAAAUCAGCUCUUCUAUCCCAUCGGACCAAAGCUCCUCCUCUGAUCACAUUCUGCAAGAUUCUGGUUCAGGAACUCCAACAGAGACCAUAUCGUCUAGUGUUACCCCAGAAGACUCAACUCCAACUUCCAGCACAUUGCCCCCAAAUGCAAAGGAAUCUGCUAGUCCCUCACCGGCAGAAUCAGCUGAGACCCUUUCAACAGCUGACUCUGCACAAGUGGAAUCUGAUAUUUCUUCAGGCACAUGUGCUGCUGGUUCAGAGCCAAAAACACUUUUAUUACAUUCCAGCUCAGAGACAGACUCUGAAGAAUGUCGUGCUCCUACAGAAAAAGAUGUCCCUGAACCAGAAAACAGCUCCGUAGGAGAGGAACCCGAGGUUCUUACAUCAUCAAAAGAUGUCGAAGCCGAUCACACAACUCCUAGUCUUAGCCCUUCAUUGCCUGAAUCCUGUCUACCUAAUGCAUCUGAUAUGGAAAGUAACUCCCAAUCUGCUCAAAAUGAGACUCUAACCCCUCCCCCCUCCACAGCAGACGAUCCACAAAAGCAUUCUCCAGCAGAAAUAAGCUCUCUUGUCAAUCCACACUCUUCUCCUAAUGCUCCCCAGUCAAAAACAACUGCAUCUACUCAAGAUGCGCCAAUACAAGCUACCCCUCCCUCCACCCUUAACCUGACAGCGUCUGUCACUCCCACUCCUGCUGAAACAAUAUCAUGUUCCCCUCUAACAGAGUCAGUUGGAUCAGUUUUGUCCCCCGAGGCUGAAAAACCACUGGCUGCAUUGCACAGCCCCUCAGAUACUAACUGUCUUCACAAACAGAUUGCAACAGACUCAACCGAAACUGCAACUCUCCCGUCAACAGAAAGCCCAACUGAGCCUACCUCAAAAGACCUAACGGAGCCAGAUGAGCCAUGCAAAACACCAGAAUCUGAGACUUCUGAUCCCCACCCUUCAGAGCCCCCUGUGCCUGCUGAAAACAUGGACGGUCAGAAUGAAAUAAGCAAAGAGCCUGAAAAGCCUGAUCCUGGUGAGGAAGAUACUGAUGAUACAGAGGCGACAAAUAAGGUUAAUAAAGCUACUACACAGGAGUCGGUCUGCAAUGAGAAAAUAAAUAACGGUUCCGUAUCGCCAGAGAUCACACCAGAUGAAGUCGUGCCCACGUCACAACAGUCCAAACAGCCAAAAUCGGGUCAGUCUCGCUAUCAAUCAUCGACAGCCAACGUGCUCUCGAGCAGCAAUCUCCGAGACGAUACGAAGUUGCUGCUAGAGCAGAUUUCUGCUAACAGCCAGAGCAGGAGCGAGGCCGCAAAAGAGGCUCCCGUCACAGAUGACGAGAAAGAAGACGAAGCUGACAAAAACGCCAAAAGGGAGAAGGAAAGAGGGAUCAGGUCAUUUGGCAGAGUGCCGCCCAAGACGAGUCAGGAGCGCGAGAAGCUGCUGGAGAAGAUUCAGACCAUGAGGAAGGACAGGAAGGUCUACAGCAGAUUUGAGAUGGCACCUUAAAUGGGAUCUAAAGAAAGUUGAGAGAAUCAUCUGUGUGUACAGAAAGAGGAAAAGUCAAGUCAAAAGUGUGAAUGAUGACCGAGACAUUUUGUCGCCAAAGAUAUUUAACAGAAACUGGAUUUAUUUGUUCUCUACAAACAAGGAAUAUAAUGCAAAGAAGACACUGCGACACUGAACUUUAAAGGGUAAAAACUACCUGUAAUACAAACGUUUCGUGCCAUGAGCAACAAAAGGAAUUCUUACUGCGGGUGAAUAAGUUGCUACCAGUGUGAAAAGUACAUGGACUGAGACUACGUGUGUGUGUGUGUGUGUGUGUGUGUGUGUGUGUGUGUGUGUGUGUGUGAUCAAAUAUGUUUUAAGUGACUGCGUGGGUAAAGUGCAAUGUUUGCAGCAGGUUGUUUCUGUGAUGAGGCUUUUUUUUAAAGCACUGACAGCCAUUUAAUUACUGUUAGCUGGUGUCAUGACAAAAAUGUGACCAAAAAGUGUAAUAGAGGAUCUAAAAGUAGUCAGAGUUUGUACAACUGUAAUAUACUGUAGUUUAUAUAGUAGUAUUUUACAAUCAAUGUUAAACAAAGAUGUUGAUAAUUACAUAUGUUAUUGAAACAAGUGGAUAUAUGAAUUCAUAUCCAUGCAGGACUGUUGUUGUUCUUGUGUAAAUAAAUAAGAUUUUUAAUUCUUCUUAAUCUGAAUCAAACAUGGAGCUUAAAAAAUAUGAACAAACCUGAGAUUUAAACUGAAUUGCAGUUUAAAUACAUACACAAUACAUUCUGCAUACUGUAUACAGUGUGCAAUGUUCUUUUGUUUUUUUAUCCAGUUAGUGUCAUUGUGGUUUAAUGUCAACAGGGUCAGUUCAACCAAAUAACCUAAAUACUCCAAAUUAUAUUAAUUUUGAUCAUUUGUAAAACAAACAUGAGGCAGUGUUGCCUUUUGUGUGUUUUAAUAUAAAUGUGGCCAUGUUAGGUCAGAGCUACCUGCAUGGCCAGAUUCCUUUAAAGGUUAAGUCAUUAUGAGCUCAUUUUGUUUUGUUUGUAAUUUGUUUGGAAUCAACCCUUUAAUUAUCUCUGUCAAUGUGCCUUUUUAAAUGAAAACUUGUCAUUCCUGUUCACUGAAGACAGAAAUUAUUCGUCUUUACAGAACAGUAUGCUCUGAAAGUUACACUUCUUAUUAUGGAUUUAUGAAACCGGUCUUUAGCAACACUUGCCAUUUGUAAAUAAAAUGUGUUAGAAAA